GUGUGAUACCGGCACCCAUCUAUCAUGCUCGCUCGCUUCUCUCUAAUUCUAUUUGGUGUCCUGGCGGUGGCAGCUAAUCCCACCCGCCGGGACAAGUCUCCCAUCUCGAUACCAUUUACCAGGAAGUUCAACCUCACAGGCGGUGUUACGCUGAAGCAACUAGAUAAGGCGAGAAUCGCUUACAUGAAAUGCGGGUGCGGCAUGUCCUGUGAUGCAGUGACGACUGCGGCACAGACACUAUUCGACGUCUCGGCCACGAAUGGAGCAGUCGAAUAUACUGCGACGAUCGGCGUCGGCGAUCCUGCCACGUAUUACAGCCUUAUCGUUGACACCGGUAGUUCCAACACUUGGGUUGGCGCCGACCAGGCUUAUGUGGCCACUAGCUCAUCUCAGUCCACCGGUGAGACUGUCUCGGUCACCUAUGGUUCGGGAAGCUUCUCUGGCAAUGAGUACCUGGACACGGUCACGCUUACUUCUGGAUACGCCGUCACGAAUCAGUCUAUUGGAGUCGCAACUGAGAGUCAGGGCUUCUCUGGUGUCGAUGGGAUCUUGGGUCUUGGUCCCGAAGACCUCACAUGCGGAACUCUGAGUAACGAGGACGAGUGCAUUGCCACCGUCACCCAGAAUGCCUAUACACAAGGCCUCAUUGGCGUAGAAGAAAUUGGCAUCUCCUUUGAGCCUACUACGUCCACGUCAGAUACCAACGGAGAGAUCACCUUCGGAGGUGUCGACACCAGCAAGUACGCAGGCGACAUAACCUACACGCCGAUAACGUCGACGUACCCUGCUAGCUACUACGUUGGCGUCGAUCAAACCAUCUCUUAUGGCUCAGAGACACUCAUGUCCUCUGAAGCUGGUAUUGCUGAUACUGGAACUACUCUCAUUUACAUACCGAGCUCGGCUUAUGAGAAAUAUGUCAGCUACACCGGAGCGACAUACGACGAUAACACUGGCCUCCUCAAGAUUAGCUCGGAGGGAUACGACAAGCUCGAUAGUGUCUACUUCACCAUUGGUGGGACAUCAUUCGAGCUCACAGCCAAUGCCCAAAUCUGGCCCCGUUCACUGAACACGUACAUCGGCGGUGACGCCGACUCGAUUUACCUUGUCAUCAGUGACCUAGGUGACGAUGCUGAAACUGGCUUCGAGUUCAUCAACGGCAUGACCUUCCUCGAGCGAUUCUACUUCGUAUACAACUCAGGCAGCAGCGAGGUCGGUUUCGCGACGACGGAGUACACGACUGCUACCACAAACUAGUCGGGAGACCGAAUUGGAUCUGGUUUAAUGCUCGCGUGACAGGCGGUGGCCCGGCCUGGAGGAGUGCUUUGACGGACAUUGAGGACGGGUUGAGUGACUCGUUUGUUACUGACUUUGUUCUGAUCCAUGAAUCGGAAAUGACAUUGUCAUGAUACUCG